UAUGCUGUGUUUGGGCUCGUUUUCGUGUCUUCCCGGCGGUUGAACUCAGACUCGAUGGUUGUUCUAAGCGUGAGGAGCUCUCACAGAAGACGCUAUGUUGCCCUCUUCCUGAGUAUCACCGGGUUCAUCAUUUACCGUCACUUCAGCGGGCAAACAGGGAGGAUGAGGAUAAGCAGGUCAGAAGGGUUGAGUGUCAACUCUUCCCAGUUCACCUUGGGAGGUGAGCCAUUCCGCCUUCUGGGAGGCUCACUUCACUAUUUCCGGGUGCCCAAGGCCUACUGGAAGGAUCGGAUGAUGAAAAUGAAGGCUUGCGGCAUCAACACGCUCACAACAUCUGUGCCAUGGAAUCUACACCAGCCUGGAAGAGGAGAGUUCCAGUUCUAUGGAGGCCUGGAUCUGGAAACAUUCCUCCACCAGGCCGUGGAUGUGGGUCUCUGGGUUAUCCUCCGUGUGGGACCUUAUAUAGGCUCAGAGCUGGAUCUCGGAGGACUGCCUAGUUGGCUCUUAAGAGACAGAAAGAUGAAGCUGAGAAGCACCUACCCAGGUUUCACGGAGGCCGUCAAUGCUUUUUUCGACAAGCUCAUUCCAAAAGUGGUGCCUUUGCAGUUUAAGAAAGGAGGCCCUAUCAUAGCUGUGCAGGUGGAAAGUGAAUAUGGAUCGUUUGCAGUGGACAGUGAUUAUAUACCGUUUCUUAAAGAGGCUCUUCAGUCUAGAGGCAUCAGUGAGCUCCUGCUGACAGCAGACAGCCACGAGGGUUUAAAGAGUGGUGGAGUGAGUGGAGCCCUCAGAACUCUAAAUCUGAGGAAACUCAAUUAUGACGACAUCAAGUAUCUGGAGGCUGUGCAGCCUAACAGUCCCAUGCUGGUUAUGGAGUACUGGACCGGAUGGUUUGAUGGCUGGGGCGACCUCCACCACACCUUUCCAGCUGAGGACAUGGUUGCCGUGGCGAGAAAGGUUCUGAGACGUGGAAUGUCCAUCAACCUGUACAUGUUCCACGGAGGGACCAACUUUGGCUUCAUGAGCGGCGCGUUAGCAAACCGCUCCUACAAGGCUCUGGUCACGAGCUAUGAUUAUGAUGCUCCUUUGUCCGAGGCUGGGGAUUACACACCGAAGUACCAUCUCCUGAGAGAUCUCUUCAGCCGAUACAACAAUGGCCAGCUCCCAGAUAUGCCAGCCCUGCGCUGGAAGGAAAGCUAUGAGGCAGCGAUCAUGUACCAGCACCUCUUCUUAUGGGACGCCCUGCCCUUCACACAGGAGCCAUUUAAAUCCCGGACCCCUGUCAACAUGGAAAAUCUUCCUGUAAACAACAACAAUGGACAAGCGUAUGGCUACACUCUCUACGAGACAACCAUCACCACCGGAGGCUUCUUAAAAUCGGGAAACAACAUCCGAGACAGAGCCCUGGUGUUUGUGGACAGAAGUUUCAUUGGUUUAUUCAAUUACAAGACAGUGGAAUUAGCCGUUCCUGAUGGGAAGGAGGAGCGCACUUUGAGCUUACUUGUGGAAAACUGUGGGAGAGUGCAUUAUGGCCGCACCUUAGACCACCAGCGCAAAGGUAUUGUAGGGGACAUUUUAUUGAACAAUGUGCCGCUGAGAGACUUCACCAUUUACAGCCUGGACAUAACACAGAGUUUCAUUGACAGUUUGUACAGAGCGCCAUGGAAGUCUCUUCCCAACAAGCCAAGCUUUCCAGCAUUUUUCCUUGGAAGGCUGUUCGUGGACGGCUAUCCGGGCGACACGUUUGUGAAGCUGCCAGGCUGGAGCAAAGGCGUGAUCUUCAUCAACGGUCAGAACCUUGGACGCUACUGGGACGUCGGUCCACAGCAAGCACUCUACGUACCAGGCCCUUUCCUCAACAGUGGAAUCAACCAAGUCAUCGCGUUCGAGGAAGCAGAGGCUGAUUUCAAAAUCCAGUUUGAGGACGCUCCUGAUCUGGGAAUGACCGUCGACAUUUAG